AUGUCUACCGAGGACCAUGCGCUGGCCGCUCAACUUCAACUCACUACUAGUAAUGAGGAUGAACAGACAUCAACAUCAUCAACUGGUUUGCGCACAUCAUCUUCAAGUACAUCACCAAUACAAUCACCACAUCAUAGUGGCGUGAUCAUACCGAUUCGAUCAUCAAUCGGAUCAAAGAAUAUCUAUAGGUGGAUGAUACCGACUUUAGAGUACUUGUCGUUGGAUGUCAAAGGAUCGACCUCUUCAAACAAGAGCAAGGAGAGGGAGAGGGAGAGAAAGAACAUCCGGAAGUUGCCAUCAACAUCAUCAACAGUUGUGUCAGGUUCUGGGUCAGGGUCAGGGUCAGGGUCAACAUCCACAACAUCUACAGUUGUUCAAGGGUCAAAGAAGAACAACAACAUCCCUGCAUUGGCAACUAUCCCUGCCUCUUCCUUAGAGACAUCAGCAGUGUCUCCAUCAAAGGAGGAUAUCAAAUGGAGCAGUAACAUUCAAACAUUGUGUAUCACAAUGGAUCAGAUAUAUAAUACAUUGGAGAACAACCAUUCAAUCGAGAGAUGUGACAGUGUCAUUCAAACGCUCUCCAAUGUGCUCAAAGAUUUCCAGACUCUGAGGACCAAGAUAACGACUACUCCAGCGCCACCAUCAUCAACUCCUUCAAGUCAAGAGAAGAAACAACAAAUAGACAAGGAUGUGACACAACCAACAUCAUCAUCGGCAUCAACGGUAGUAUCGAGUGUACCAUCAGCUGACACAGCUGGUACCUCGACCACUAGUACCGCCACUGGAAUGAAAUGGUCGGACAGACUAAAGAUUGCCAUGGAGAAUAUGAGGAGUGGAUCGGGUCAAUCACAACAUCAGGAGCAUCAAGGCACAAGGAGUCAAGGACAGUCCAUCCCUCCUCCUGGACCAUCAUCCCAAGCACAGCAGUCCAACAAUGAGAGAAGCGGCAACAACAACAACAGCAACAACAAUCUUGAGUCAACAAUACGACAUAACAAGGAAAGAGAGUUUGAGAGUAGACAACAAAAGGCAAAGGAGAAUAGAGAGGCGAUGUUGACGAGCAAGAAACAUCAGAGCAAGUAUUUAUCCAAUCAAAGUGAUCGUGUUAAAGAGUUCAACAAACGUACGGAGGAACGUGUGGCACAGGAGCGUGCAGCACAUGUAGAGAAGCAAGAGCGUGCCGAUCAGUUGCACGAUGAGCACAUCAGCUCAAUCCAGCUCAAGGGCAUCAACGAGUUGAAGCGAGCCGAGGAGAUCAAGUGGAUCAGUGAUCAGACUUCAGAGAACGAUCGAUACAUGCAACAGAAGAGACUGGAGAAGUCUGAGAGUCGUCGUCAAAAGAUUGCCAUGGUCAAGAAGCAGAAGGAGUCCCUGAUCACAAAGAGAGAGGAGGCUGCCGCAACGAGGCGUCGUGAGAUUGACGCGUCCCGCGCACAGAUCCUGCUUGGAUCGAUGCCCAUUGCUCCACCAAUCAGCGACGAUUACAAGAGAAAGAUAAGGAGUUAUUGUAGAUAUUGUAACGUGCCUAUCACGUCAGAGGCUGCGCUCCAGGCACAUCUCCAGGACUUACAGCAUCAGAACAAUCUGAAGAAUGCCAAUCUCGAGAAGAAGACUUCGCUGGUGACCACUGUGGGCCAGCGUGAUGGCAACUCCUGGGUGGUCACAUUGCCCUACGACUCCUUCUCCACCAAUCGUCUUGCGCCACUCUCCAACGAGGUGAUUGAGAAGAUCAAGUCGGAGGAGGAGGCUAGCAGACCCAAGCUCGUGACUACACUGGCCACGCUGAAGAAGCUUGUGAUCAAUGACUUCUUCUCCCUCCAGGCCAUCGGAGGUCAAGUGUCCGAUGACUACACAUUGAAGCAAACGUUCACCAAGACGAUCAAUGAGCUCAAUGGACAUAUUCAACGAAAGGACUAUGCCAAGCUCCAGUACCAUCUCAUUGACAUCACAACUCUGCUCAACAAGUAUUGUUCGCAAGAUGACUAUCUCAACUUUGCCAAACUCAAUGGCCUACAGGCACUGUCAAAGAUAUGCUUCCUGGGCAACACCAACAGCAGCGAGCACAAGACACACACAGCAACACCAACUAGCAUCACAAAGACUACGAUGGAAUUGAUCUCAAAGCUAUGCUCAGUGGAUACCAAUGUUUGUUAUCUACUAUCUCUUGGACUUGGAGCUCAGUUCAUUGAUCUUUUGGGUCGCAGUAUCCUGUCCACACACGACAUGGUCAUCCCAUUCCUUCCACCUUUGAUUGCACUCAUCAACAAGAUGUUCACCAUCGCCAACCUGGAAGGUCUACCAUUACCAAUCAAUGAGUACAAGAGCGCAUUCAUCAACUACAUCGUGGACAGCUGCAUCUUUGAGAAACUCGAGCUUAAGUUACCUCAUUUACAACUUGGUAUGCUGGAGGGAAUGCAAGGACCAAUGUCAAUGGCUGAGGAGACGAUCCAACUUUUGGUCAGUGUCACAACCUACUUCAAGCGAUUUGAUACUAGACAGGUCACACCAUUCCUCGCGCUGCCAGAGUCGGCCAACCUUGUGAUGGCACUCAAGAAGACCAAUGUCGUCGGAGUCCUAUCACUGCUCACAUUCAUCAUGCUACACAAUCGCAAGAAGCAGACUGUUCGCAUCGAGAUACCUCCAUCACUAUCACACAUCCUACUCCAGACCCUGGAACUCUUUGUCAAUCUGUCACACUUGGACCUACCAUUCGUACAGAGUAUGUUGGGAUCAGAUGACUACCAAGUGGAGUUCUACCACUUUGUCAUCCAUCUGUUGCUCUACUGCACCCAGCGACAGGAAACCGAGAAACAGUUCUUUGCCUUCAAACAACAUGUCAUUGAGAAGAUCGUCAUGUUGCUCGGAUACUACAGCCUUCGCAACGAGCGCAAUCAAGAGAUACUACAUUGGGGCGACAAGAUAUCAAUCAUACAGAUACUCUGCAAUCUACCAUUCAUCUAUUUCUUUGAGAAGGAUUACAUGCGAAUACUACUUCCAACAUUGCUUGUAUUGUGUAAUAAUAGAAGGAGUAGAGACUACAUCAAGUUGGAGAUGGAUGUAAACAUCUUGUUGCGAUUCAUAACUGAUAUUACCAACGAUGGAACAGUGGGCGAUUACAAGCAGUUGAUGGGAGAGAGCUUAGAUGACAUCUCCAAGCGAUUACUUGAUUGA